AUGUACAGCCUGACUAUGCUGUACUUACCCCGAGAAGGUAUGGACAUGACAAUUGAAGAGGCAUGUGUGAGUAAGGACUUCAUACAACGUCUUGAAGGGAUCGUAGUCAAUUGGAUGAAACAAAUGAGACUGACCAUCAAUGAUUAUGAGCAAUUCAUGAGCCAAGAGCUGUUGUGCCUCACCGAUGAGUACGACUUUUGGAUUUAUCGGUAUGAAAAUCUCUGCGCGUUGAAUUAUCAACUGCAGAGUCCUGCUGUGGAUCGGAUUGUAAAUAUUUUAAGAACAUCCGAUUCAACUUACUUUCGACCGUUCACAAUGUUGCACAGAGAAAUCAACGCCGAUACCGAGGAAGCGAAAUCCAACAUAAUGUUUCUGGAAAUUCUCAGAGAUGCUUCAAACAGACUAAACAACUGUUACAAUCUCGAAGAAAUAUCAAAACAUAUAUUGACGAUACUCCACUUAUUCCAUUUUAUCUGGCUUAAUUCACCGUUUUACAAUACACAAGAGAGGAUGACCCACUUAUUCAUUCUUCUCAAUAAUCAGAUCAUACUUGUAUGUCAUCGAUUCAUUGAUCCUCGUAAAAUUCUCAUGACUGGAAAUACUCGAUGGGGCAUGAAAAUGCUGGAGCGAGCCACUGAUGUUUGCAGAUAUUAUAAGAAAAUUUAUUUCCAGUUUGUCAGCGCUUAUGAUUCAUCGACGUCACGUCCAUGGAAUCUCAACGUUGAGGACGUAUUCCGGGACAUAGACAGCUUUCUUGGGAGAUGCAGUGAUUUUUAUGAAAUUUGUCGCGCUUCAAUUGAUUUCGCAAGAUUAGAUGAAACAGUGAACAUCCCAGUGCCCCGUUUCGGUGGAACCCAAGGUCAGGAACACCAGAAAGUCUGCAUGAAAGUUGAGAAACUCUUCCGGGAGCAUCUGCACCUCGUGUACGACAGUUCCCGCAAGAUGUUCUCCGUUCAAGAGGUCACCUGGCAUGACGAUAUGUCUGAGUUCCGAGCCAAGACAAAAGACCUUGAUAUUAUGAUCGAGAAUCUGAUGAAUGUCACCUUCAAAAACAUCAACCAUGUCGGAGAAGCUCUGGCUUACCUUUAUGGAUUGCGCAUGUACAUGAAUCGGAACAGUUUAAUGGCGAAUUUCAGUGGAAUGAUCACAUCUAUUUGGCGGUCAUUCUCGAAACAAUCUCAAACAGUCAAGCAGGAACUACUCAGAGAAAGCUCAGAAUAUCCUUCGAGCUGUCCACAUUAUUCUGGCAGAGCAUUGAAUCUGCAUUUCAAGUCCAAACGACUCAAGGCUAUGAGGGCCCUUCUGGCAAAUGCCGAAUGGCUGGGUUAUUGUGCGAUUAGUGAUGAAGUGUACCAUCAGUGCGAUGUACUACUUGGCUCGAUCAAUGAUAUGAUCGUUGGAAUCCAUCACCAGUGGAUGGAUGACAUCGAUAGUAAUCCGCAGAGCCGACUGGACCAGUACUUGAUGCGACAGAGCAUCGAUAAGCUUGGCGUUCUGGAGCCCAAUCUUGAUCCCAAUGUACUGAAUUUAUGCUAUGAGGCAAGUAUUUGGCGUUACCUGGGUUUCCAGAUUCCCGUAUACGUUGAAAUAAUAAUCGACAAGUGGCCAACACUGCAGUUCGUUUCUGAGAGUGUUCUCAUGCUCAUCUCGGCGUACAACAAAAUAACCCGAGCCUUGUCUGAUGAAGAAAAAUUACUGUUCAAACCUCUGCUCAAAAUUCUGGACCGUGAGCUCAGACCAGGGUUGAGUAAACUCACGUGGAACUCCGAAUUUAUUGAUACGUACGUAAAAGGAUGCUGUACACAUGUGAAAACCUUACAGAAUUUCCUCGACGUCUACAAAAUCUCAAACAGAGCGAUACUCAAUCUCUGCGAGGACAUAUGUCUCAUGAAGGUUAUUGAUCUCAAACCAAAUUACAUCUACACCAUUCACGAAUUCGCCCACGAUCUUCAAACAAACAGGGACAAAGUUUUCCGGAUGAUCCAAUCUAAAUACCACGGGAUCACUCAAUACAUAUCGACGGUUUAUGAAGGAUUUCGAUCGGCAAUUGAUGAAGGUACUACAGCGUGGAAGAUUUAUCUCAUCAACUUAGAUAAACUGCUGGAAGAAGCCAUCAAAUUUUGCUUGAAGGAGUCAAUGAUUAGGAUGUACCACCUCCUGCACGGAACGACUGGAACAUCUCCGGUUUUCCAUAUUGAGGCUGACCUCAUUGAUAAGAAAAUUAAUUUCGUACCUUCCCUGUACGAAAUAACGGAGAUGAUCGGAGAUAUGACUAGUCAUCUUCUAGAACCUCUAAAGAGAAAUAUGCCAAGACUGAGAGACUUGUUCUCUUUUUCUGGAAACGACAUGAAAGAUCUCCAUGAAACUCUGACUCAAGACCAACAUUUUCAUAAGCUUCAAGAAAAACUAAACAACGAAGUAUCAUAUUGUACCCAACACAUUCAGCAGUAUCUGAAGUCUUGGGAAUCUUUCGCAGACAUAUGGGAAGUGAACAGAGAUAUGUUCAUAACGAGAUACGAAAAACUCAAUCCUACAGUAGCUUCAUUUGACGCUGACAUCGGACGAUACACUGAAGUUGCAAAUAAUGUGAAAAUGCAGGAAACAGUGACUACCGUACAUUUUCUCGAUAUCAAUUCCGAUCGUCUGAAGGCUGCUAUUAUAAAACACUGUUCGCUAUGGCAGCAAAAACUGACACGCCUCCUCCUCCACAUAACUCAGAUGACGCUCGAUGGAUUGUAUAAAUAUAUAGCAGAAAAUUCAGAGAAAGUGAAAACAGAGCCGAGGAAUCUCGCGGAGAUGCAAGCUAUGUUACGCCUUCUCGACAGACUGAAAACAGAAAUUCAUCCCAAGGAAGAAGAAUUCCCCAAGCUCCAGGAACAGUACCAGACACUAGUGAAAUAUGAAAUUCCCAUGACGCUGGAAUUCAAAAGAAGGAUGCACGGUGUGACAAGAUAUUGGGCACAAUAUCUCACGUUGCUUUCUACCUCCGAGGUUACAAUUGAAGAAAAUAAGGAGUUGUUCAAGAAUAAACUCUUGGAGGAAGCCGCAACAUUCACGGCAGAUGCAACUGGAUUACUAGCGAAAUUUCACGAUAAUGGACCAUUUGAUUCUGUUUGGAGAACUACAGAUGCUCUUGCUUGGUUGGAAGACUUUCGAUGCCAGGUUGAACAACUGAAGCAUACAGGGCAUGAGUUGAACGAGAACCUCAAGAUAUUUGGCGUCAUUUUGCCCGACUCACGGGAAAUUGCCAAAGUAGAAAUGGAUCUAUCAGCAAUUGAGAUAGCCUGGCAAUUGACAAAAGAAUGGGACGAUAUCUGGGUACAUUACGAGACGAGCAAUUUCUGGACCCUCGAAAUCGAGGAAAUAGAGACGGUCGCCAAUAAUCUAUUUCGCAAAUUCACGAAACUCUCGCGAGAAUUUAAGGAGAGAGGCUGGAAAAUUGCGGAGCAGUCUCGAUUGCGAGUCGAUAGAUUCCGCAGAACUCUUCCAUUAAUGAAUGAUCUGAAAAAUUCGGCGAUGCGCGAUCGUCAUUGGGCUAAAGUUAAAUCAAUAGUUAAUCACGAUUUUGAACAAGAUUCGGAGGAUUUCACGCUCCACGCUAUUUUGGAAAUGCAAAUGUAUGACUUUGCCGAACAGAUUAAUGACAUUUCGAAUGCUGCGUCUAUGGAAUUGAUGAUAGAAAUGGGUUUAAAGAACAUCUCUACCUCCUGGGAAUGCCGGACCCUCGAAAUGUCACCGUACAAAAAUCGAGGGAUUUUCACACUGCGAUCGGUAGACGAAGUAGUUCAGACCUUGGAGGAACAUCUAGUUCAGCUGUCCGCCAUGAAGUCAACAAGCUUUGUUGAGCCAUUCACAAUGGAAGUUGAUUACUGGGAAAAAUCUUUGUCAACUGUUGGCGAAGUAAUUGAGACUGUCCUCCUAGUGCAAAAACAGUUCACCUAUUUGGAUAGCAUUUUCAACUCAGAAGACAUAAGGAAACAGCUACCAAAGGAAACCGAUGACUUUGACAAAUCUACUGCAACAUGGAAAACCAUCACUUCUCGUAUGGCGCACGCGAGGGGAGUUCUCGAGGCUUGUCUCCAGCCUGAAAAUCUCCUCAAGAUAUUGAAAAAAUCGAGUCUCAAACUUGAGUCCAUUGAGCAUGCCUUGGAGAGAUACCUAGAAACAAAAAGACACGCAUUUCCGCGCUUCUACUUCAUCUCCAACGAGGAUUUGCUGGAAAUUCUGGCAAAUUCAAAAUACCCCGAUCUCAUUCAACCUCACAUAAAGAAGUUAUUCGACAACAUAAAGUAUUUGAAAUUAUCAAAGUCAGUAGCAGGCAGACACCUAGCAGAGGGAAUGCUGUCUGCUGAGAGUGAAUACGUAGAAUUCCUCGAGCCAGUAAUAUUGGAAGGACAGGUGGAGUGUUGGCUUUGUCAAGUGGAAACGAGAAUGCGAGACUGCCUCAGGCAUGUUCUGCGACACUGUCGUGUAGCGCUUCGAAAAAUCUUGGGUAAACGAGACAAGUGGGUGAAGGAGUGGCCGAGUCAGCCAGGAAUAACGUCCACUCAGAUACAGUGGACGAGUGACUGUACCAAAGCACUUCUACGUUCCAAACUUAUGGACUCGAAGAAACCGCUGAAAAAAUUGAAAGCCAAGCAAAAUCAAGCCCUAGUCUUAUACUCCGACGCCCUUCGCCGUAAUCUCGAUCGGCUGCAGCGUAUAAAGUACAAAGCAAUUGUGGUCAUCGAAAUUCAUGCACGUGACGUGAUCGAGAAGAUGUACAAGAACGGUUGUAAAGAUGUGUCAGCGUUUGAGUGGCUAUCUCAGUUACGAUUCUACUGGGAUAGGGAUAUUGAUGACUGUGUGGUCAGGCAAACCAACACUCACUUCAGAUACGGCUACGAAUACCUUGGCAAUACUGAGCGUUUAGUUAUCACCCCGCUGACUGAUCGGUGCUACAUCACAUUAACAACGGCCCUCCAUCUCUAUCGCGGUGGCAGUCCGAAAGGACCAGCUGGUACUGGAAAAACAGAAACUGUGAAGGAUCUUGGUAAAGCGCUGGGCUUCAAUGUGAUUGUUCAAAAUUGCUCAGAGGGCCUUGACUACAAAAGCAUGGGGAGACUAUUCUCUGGUUUAGCGCAGACCGGCGCUUGGGGCUGCUUCGACGAGUUCAACAGAAUCAAUGUUGAGGUGUUAUCAGUUGUUGCACAACAGAUCCUCUCGAUUUUAUCCGCCCUUUCGCAAAAGUUAUCCGAAUUUGUCUUCGAAGGCUUCAAUAUUGGCCUGAAGCCUACCUGUGGUAUAUUCAUCACAAUGAAUCCAGGGUAUGCAGGUCGAACUGAACUCCCGGAUAACUUAAAGUCAAUGUUUCGACCGAUAUCCAUGAUGCGACCGGACAGCAGUAUGAUCGCGGAAAUCAAUUUGUUCGGUGAGGGGUUCCGAAAUACUAGAGUACUGGCCAAAAAGAUAUUCGCGCUAUACACAUUGGCACAGCAGCAACUCAGUCAACAGCACCACUAUGAUUUUGGUCUCCGUGGAAUAGUAACACUGACACGUUACGCAGGUAAAAAGAGACGCCAGCACGCCAAUUUACUGGACGAAGAGGUUAUCAUUCUCGCCAUGAAAGAUAUGAACGCAGCCAAGCUGACGGCAGAUGACGUUCCCUUAUUUACGGGCAUCACGUCGGACCUUUUUCCUACUACAACAGUGCCGACAAUAGACUACAGCAAUAUGCUGGAAUAUAUCACUAAAGAAGCGAUCGCGUCCAACUUGCAGCCCAUUCCAAACCUACUGACGAAGGUGAUUGAGUUGUAUGAAACACAAAACUCGAGACAUUCGACAAUGAUUGUUGGGGAAUCAAAUACCGGGAAAUCGGUAACAUGGAAAACUUUGCGGAACACCAUGACAGCGAUGAAGAAAGAUGGGAGGGCUGGCUUCAAAGCGGUUGACGUAUAUCCGAUCAACCCCAAAGCACUGAAUCUGGGGGAAUUGUACGGUGAAUAUAAUCUCAAAACUGGUGAAUGGUUCGACGGAGUCAUAUCCGCUAUUAUGCGAAAAACUUGUUCUGAUGAAAGCCCGGAUGAAAAGUGGAUACUCUUUGACGGUCCAAUUGACGCUGUUUGGAUCGAAAACAUGAAUAGUGUAAUGGAUGACAAUAAAAUCCUGACACUAAUCAACAACGAACGCAUUACGAUGCCCCAGCAAGUUUCACUGCUAUUCGAGGUCCAGAAUUUGGCAGUGGCUUCACCUGCUACUGUUUCUCGAGCAGGAAUGGUUUACAAUGACUACAAGGAUUUGGGAUGGCAACCGCUCGUCAAUUCGUGGCUACAAACUUAUAAAAAUGCACCGGAGUUUGUUGAGGAAAUGGAAAAAUUAUUUCACCACUUCGUGGAUGAAAUUCUCGUUUUUAAACGAACUAAAUGCUCUGAAACUAUUGCUGUUCCCGAGCUCAAUUCGGUUGAAAGUCUCUGCAAGCUUCUGAAAAUCCUGGCAACUCCCGAAAAUGGGGUAGAACUCACAUCGAACAGGGAUGAGUUUAACCUCAUGUGCAAAAUAUGGUUUCUCUUUUGCGCGAUCUGGUCACUCUGUGGAUCCGUUGACGAAGUGGGAAGACAGAGAAUAGAUAACUACAUAAGGGAAAUGGAGGGAGCUUUUCCCCUCAAGGAUACUGUAUACGAGUAUUAUGUCGACGUCAGACAACGCGGUUUCGUCUCAUGGGAAGAAAAAUUGCCUCUCGCCUGGCGCUAUCAAUCCGAAAUGCCUUUUUUCAAGAUUACUGUUCCAACAGUGGAUACUGUCAGAUAUGAAUAUCUAGUGAAAAAUCUAUUGGAAAAAGAUUACCCGGUUCUGCUCAUUGGCCCUGUCGGGGCGGGAAAAACAUCGAUAGCACAAUCGGUGCUGGAGUCAUUCGAUAGAACUAAAUACUGCUGUCUUACCGUCAAUAUGUCCAGCCAAACGUCUUCAAAUCACGUGCAAGAAGCCAUCGAGAGCCGAUUGGAGAAACGCACGAGGCAAACUUAUAUUCCGACAGCUGGAAAAACUAUGAUAGCGUUCAUGGAUGAUUUCAACAUGCCAAUGAAGGAUACGUAUGGCUCGCAAGCUCCGUUAGAACUCAUUCGGCAAUUCAUCGAUUAUCAAUUUUGGUACGAUCGUCAAAAACAAACUCGAAAGUACAUCCACAAGACACAAUUGAUGGCCGCAAUGGGUCCCCCGGGUGGUGGACGUAACACAAUUACUGACCGCCUUCUCACGAAAUUCAACAUCAUCAACGUCACAUUCCCCAUUGAAAAGCAGAUUCUGAGGAUUUACGGAACCCUGCUGAAUCAACAACUGUUUGACUUUCAUCCUGAGGUGAAAGGAAUCGCAAAUGAGAUCACACUAUCAACUCUGGAAAUAUACAAGAACGUCGUCCGAACGAUGUUACCCACCCCAAUGAAAAUUCACUACUUAUUCAAUCUUCGGGAUAUCUCCAAAGUGUUUCAAGGACUUCUGCGAAGCCACAAAGAUUACCAGUAUUCUCGCCCGACAUUUCUUCGUCUAUGGGUGCACGAGAUUUUCCGUGUCUUCAGUGACCGAUUUAUCGAUGAACGGGACCGCGACUGGUUCAUCGCACAAAUGAAUGAACAAUUGGGAAAGUACUUUGAGCUCACCUUUCACAAUCUCUGCCCAGAAAAACGCUGUCCCAUAUUCGGUGACUUCAUGAACCCCUGGAAUGUAUACGAAGAUCUUUCUGACACUGCCGCUCUGCGUCGUUUCAUUGGAAUGCAAAUGGACGAAUAUAAUACGUUAACUGGUGUUGUGAGGCUGGAUCUGAUUCUUUUCAUCGAUGCGAUUGAGCACAUUUGUCGUAUUAUUCGAGUGAUUUCACAGCCAAACGGAAACAUGCUGCUGGUGGGAAUCGGCGGCAGCGGAAGGCAGUCAUUGUCCCGCCUUGCUAGCAACAUUUGUGAGUUAAGUCCAUUUAAUAUCGAGGUGACCAGGCGCUACGGUGUUCCCGAGUUUCGAGAGGACUUGAAGCGUCUCUACUCCCUAGUUGGUGUCGAUAAUACACCCACAUGUUUCCUCUUCAAUGAUACUCAAGUAACAGUGGAACACUUUCUCGAAAUAAUCAACAACAUGCUUGGCACAGGGGAAGUUGCUAACUUAUACAAAUCCGACGAAAUGGAAGAUAUUAGAAACCGCUUGACGAAAGAGGCGAAUAAAGCUGGAGUUUCACCAACCCUAGAAUCUAUUUACCUCUUCCUGAUUAAUCGUGUACGAGUUAAUCUUCGCAUGAUACUCUGCAUGAGUCCUGUUGGCGAUAAUUUCCGUAACCGCUUGCGGCAGUAUCCCUCUCUCAUAAAUUGCAUGACGAUAGAUUGGUUCCUUCCUUGGCCGAAGGACGCUCUGUUAGAGAUAGGCAACAAGUUUCUUAUGAAUCUUAGUUUGAUUAGCACCAUCGCUGGAGAAGACAAAGUGGAGCCAAGAAGGUCGGAAACUGCAAUUCCCAUUCUACCUCUUCAAGAACGAAUGCGGUAUGCCAUCUCCUCGACGUUCGCACUCAUUCAUGACUCAGUCGUUCAAUAUUCCGUAAAAAUGUUGACUGAGAUGAAACGGCAUAACUACGUGACACCUUCGAAUUUUCUGGAGCUCGUUGUUAGAUACAAAAAGAUGUUAAUGUCUAAAAGACAAAGACUUGCUGAACAAUCAGACAAACUUGGUGGAGGUCUCUUCAAGAUUGACGAUACAAGGGAGAAGGUGAACGAGAUGGCAAAGGAGUUGGAAGUGAUGCAGGAGCAAGUUCUCAAGUCAACAAAAGACUGUGAAGAAUUUCUCGUGACAAUAGUUAAUCAAAAACGAGAUGCCGACGAGGCGCAGAAGAGCAUCACAACCAGAUCUGUGAAAAUAACUGAGGAAUCCAAGGAGUGUAGGAAACUUGAGGAAAUAGCGCGGGCCGAUCUUGCCGCUGUUGAGCCAGCACUCGAAGAGGCCAUGAAAGCACUCGAUACACUCAAUAAAAAGGAUCUAGCUGAAAUCAAAUCGUUUGCGCGGCCACCACCGAAAGUGGAAAUUGUCUUGGAGGCUGUCAUGAUACUGAAAAAUUCGGAACCAACGUGGAGUGAAUCGAAGAGACAGCUGGGUGAUGUUAACUUCUUGACAAGUCUUCGAAACUUCGACAAAGAUCACAUAUCGGAUAAAACCUUGAAAACAAUUGGGAAAUAUACGUCCAAUCCAGAGUUUGACCCGGAAAAAGUCGGUCAGGUGUCGAUUGCAGCGAAAUCUCUGGCCAUGUGGGUAAUCGCUAUGGAGAAUUAUGGCAAACUCUACAGAAUUAUAGCACCAAAGAGAGAAAAACUCGCAUCAGCCCUGGAAUCUCUGCAUGAAAAGGAGAGGAUCCUAGCUGAUGCUAUAUCCCAAUUGGAGAAGUUGCAGAGUGAAUUGAAGAGACUCCAGAAAAAUUACGACGAAAAAAUGAAGGAGAAGAAGGACCUAAUUAGACUGGCUGAGGAUCUUGAAUUGAAAUUGAAACGCGCUGCAAUGUUGGUUGAUGGCUUAUCCGGGGAACGCCUCCGUUGGCAGAAGACCCUUGAAAUUCUCGCUGAGCAUUAUGAACGUUUACCUGGUGAUUGUCUUAUAUCGAGUGGUUGUGUGUCCUAUUUGGGUCCUUUCGUAUCAAUUUAUCGGGACCAAUUGCUUAAGCUUUGGGUAGACGAGGUCAUGACAAUGGAAAUCCCGCUGUCAGUCAACUUAGACAUCACCGAAUUCAUGAGUGACUCGACCACAAUUAGAGAGUGGAAUAUUCAGGGUUUGCCUUCUGAUAAUUUCAGCACGGAAAACGGAAUUAUUAUUACACAUGCCAUACGAUGGCCUCUUGUCAUUGAUCCUCAGUGCCAGGCUGUUAAGUGGAUCAAAAAUAUGGAAUCUGAAAAUGGUCUCGAAGUUAUAGAUUUCGGCUCUCCCGAUUUUGUGAGAACCCUCGAGCGAUCACUGCAAUCGGGCAAGCCAGUGCUUUUAGAAAAUGUGGGUGAAACCCUCGAUCCAGUGUUGAAUCCAAUUCUCCACAGAACAUUAGUGAAAUUAGGCGACGGUUUCGUCAUGAAAUUCAACGACAAGAUGAUCAGUUACAACGAUAAAUUCCGAUUUUUCAUCACGACGAAACUACCCAACCCGCACUAUUCUCCAGAGAUAUCCACAAAGACUACAUUAUGUAACUUCGCCAUUAAGGAGCAAGGUUUGGAAGCCCAACUCCUUGGCAUCGUAGUUCGAAGGGAGAAACCACAGUUGGAAGAGCAAAAGGAUAACUUGGUCCUUACGAUCGCAAAAGGCAGGAGGACACUCCGAGAGCUGGAGGACAAGAUUCUCCAAUUACUCACUGUGGCAUCGGGCCCUCUGCUUGAGGACCUAGACCUGCUCAACACUCUGCAGUCGGCAAAAGUCACUUCCGUUUCUGUCGAAGAGUCGCUGAUUACUUCUGAGAAAACGGAGCAGGAAAUUGACAAAGCGAGAGGAGAAUAUAGAACUUGUUCGCAACGCGCUGCCACUCUAUUUUUCGUCUUGAACGAUAUGAGUCACGUCGAUCCAAUGUACCAAUUUUCUUUGGACUCGUACAUCGUACUUUUUAAAAUAUCCAUUGACAAGAGUCCGAGGAGGGCCCAACUCAACGAGAGAAUCGAUAUAUUGAACGACUACCACACAUACGCAGUCUACAAAAAUACAUGCCAAGGAUUAUUCGAAAAAGACAAACUUCUCUUCUCCUUCAACAUGUGUUCGAAAAUCCUGGAAGCCCGAGGGGAGAUGAUCCCCCAAGAAUACGAUUUUCUUCUGAAAGGUGGAAUAGCGCUAGAGCGUGAAAAUCAGCCGGACAAACCUGUCGACUGGCUGACACGCGAAACCUGGGACAAUCUCACAGAACUUGAUAAACUUUCCGGCUUUCAUGGAGUUGCCGGGUCUUUCGAGCAGUUCCCAAGGGAUUGGCACAAUUGGUACAUAAAUACUGAGCCAGAAACGAAAUCGUUGCCAGGAGAAUGGGAGGAAAAUCUCAAUGAAUUCCAAAAGAUGCUUAUCAUACGUAGCUGUAGAUUCGAUCGCAUGACGUUCUGUAUCACCUCAUUUAUUAUUCACAAUCUUGGUCAACGAUUUGUUGAACCACCUGUGCUGGAUAUAAAAGCAGCAUUCAAGGAUUCAAUUGCCCAGACACCGCUCAUAUUUGUUCUUUCAUCGGGAGUAGACCCUUCCAGUGCUCUAUCACAAUUGGCUGAGGGUCAGGGUAUGAGUCAUAAGUUUAUGACACUGUCGCUGGGGCAGGGGCAAUCACCAAUCGCGAGGGGAUUGAUUCAGAAAGGGGCUCAGGAAGGCGCCUGGGUAUUUCUCGCAAAUUGCCAUCUCUCUCUCAGUUGGAUGCCCGAAUUGGAUAAAAUUAUUGAGAGACUUGCCAGUAAUAAGACUCUACAUCCAGAUUUCAGACUGUGGUUGAGUUCGAGCCCAUCACCGCAAUUUCCCAUAUCGAUUCUUCAGGCAAGCGUGAAAAUGACUACGGAACCGCCAAAGGGACUGAAAGCUAACAUGAAACGCCUCUACGGAUUAAUCACAGAGGACCAAUUUACCGUCUGCAAGGCAACGAGAAAAUACAAGAAACUUCUUUUUGCCCUCGUCUUCUUUCACUCAAUAUUACUCGAACGCAGAAAGUUUCAGCAACUAGGCUGGAACAUUAUUUACAGUUUCAACGAUUCCGACUUUGAAGUCUCCGAAAAUUUACUUGAAAUUUACCUCGACGAGUAUCCAGAGACACCAUGGGAAUCAUUGAAAUAUCUAAUAGCUGGAGUCUGCUACGGCGGUCACGUCACAGACGACUGGGACCGUCGCCUCCUCAUGACCUACGUCCAAGAGUAUUUCACAGAGGAAGUCCUCUCCCAAUCCAACUACCGGCUCUCCUCUCUUCCCACCUACUACAUACCCAGAGACGGAUCUCUCCAGUCAUACCGGGACUUCAUAACAAUCCUCCCAAAUGCGGACAAACCCGAAGCAUUUGGCCAGCACAUCAAUGCUGACAUCAGCUCCUCAAUCAUCGAGACUCAAGCGGUAUUCAACACUCUCAUGAGUCUGCAGAUGCAGAUGGUCUCCACCGAAAAGAGCAGCAAGGAAGAUACAGUCGUGCAAAUGGUCGUCGACAUGAAGACCAAAUUGCCCCAGGAGAUAAAUUACGAAACAACAGAGAGGCUCAUGGGACCGAGAAAAACGCCCCUGGAUGUCGUUCUCCUUCAAGAAAUUACUCGCUAUAAUAACCUACUCGUGAGAACAAGGUGUAGCUUGAACGAUCUUGAGUGCGGCAUCAAAGGGCUUGUUUUGAUGUCUGAAGAUCUCGAGGAGAUAUUCACUUAUGUUCACGAUGGCCGCGUGCCUCCUGCCUGGUUAACCACCUAUCCAUCGUUGAAACCACUCGGCUCGUGGACGCGUGAUCUUGUCAGCCGAAUCGAACACUUUGCCAAGUGGGCGGAAACCACUCAUCCGCCUCUACUGUUUUGGCUUGCCGCCUACACCUUUCCAACUGGUUUUCUAACCGCUGUACUGCAAACAUCAGCGAGACUGUGGAACAUAUCUAUUGAUUCGUUUUCUUGGAGUUUUGCUGUUUUAGAUGAAAAUGCUAUUGUCGAUACUCCAGCGGACGGUGUCUUUAUUCGAUCCAUCUUUCUCGAGGGUGCAGGAUGGGAUAGAAAACGAGGCACACUCGCAGAACCAGCUCCCAUGCAAUUAAUCUACGAAAUGCCAGUUAUUCAUUUUUGCCCAACUGAGCAACUAAAGAAGAAAUCAAAAGGUCUGUACAACUGUCCUUGUUAUUAUUAUCCAAUGAGAGGAGGAACCAACAACCGUUCGGCAUUCGUUGUUACUGUCGAUCUCGAAAGUGGAUACCAGAGUUCGGAUUUUUGGGUCAAACGCGGAACUGCCCUUCUGCUGAGCCUUGCUACUUGA